GAAAGUGGAACCUGCUUUCAGUUUCAUACUGCACACCAAGCUUAACAACGAAAAGCCAUGGCAGACCAGGUCCUCCGGGAGAAGAGGAAACAGUUUGUCCAUUCAGUGUCCCCAGGCACCAUCAACGGCUUGCUGGAUGAACUUUUAGAGAAAAAAGUGCUGAACCAGGAAGAAAUGGAGAAAAUAAGAGUUGAAAAUGCAACUGUCAUGGAUAAGGCUCGAGCUUUGAUGGACUCUGUCCUUCGGAAAGGGCCCCGGGCAUGCCAGAUUUUCCACCUACAGAACUUCCUUAUCAUCAACAAAAAUUCCACGGGAGCAGAAGUUCGUCCAAGAUUUGUGGCCAGACCUCCUGAAUCAGUGGAAACUACAAGUGCCCUCAAACUUUGUCCUCAUGAAGAAUUCCUGAGAAAAAGUGAACAGAGGGCAGGAAAGAUCUACCCAAUAAAGGAGAAAAUGGGCCGCUCACGUCUGGCUCUCAUCAUAUGCAACACGAAGUUUGACAAGCUUGAUCCCAGGGAUGGGGCAGAGCACGACAUUACAGGGAUGCGGCAGCUGCUUGAGAGCCUUGACUACACAGUGGAAGUGAAAGAGCACCUCACAGCCAAGGGUAUGGAAGAUGUGCUGCAGCAGUUUGCUGUCCGCCCUGAGCACCGGUCUUCAGACAGCACGUUCUUGGUGUUUAUGUCUCAUGGUGCCCUGGAAGGAAUCUGUGGGACCAAGCAUGGUGAGGAAAACCCGGAUAUGCUACCUUACGACACCAUCUUCCAGAUAUUCAACACCCGCAACUGUCCUCUUCUGAAGGAUAAACCCAAGGUCAUCAUCAUCCAGACCUGCAGAGGUGAAAAGCGAGGGGAAGCGGUGAUCACUGAUUCUCCAGGAGCCUCUACAGACAGCUCUUCACCUGCAAACUGGAAAGAGGAUGCUGCUUGCAGAACCCAUGUGGAGAAGGACUUCAUCGCUUUUUACUCAUCGACUCCACAUACUGUAUCCUGGAGAAACACUUUGAAAGGUUCUUUAUUCAUCACAAAGCUCAUCACAUGCUCAAAAUAUGCUUGGUGCUGUCAUGUACUGAAAAUAUUUCAGAAGGUACAACAAUCAUUUGAAAAAUGAUGCGAUCAAUUCCAGAUGCCCACCAUUGAAAGACUAAGCAUGACAAAAUAUUUCUACCUCUUUCCUGGCAAUUGAAAAUAGUGUGAGU